AUGGAAAACGUAUCAGCCCUUUUCGAUCUUCCUGGUACUUCCAAACCGGAAGGUGAUAAAUUGCGAAGUUUAAUCGAUACUGCGUCAGCAAUUUAUAGUUCACUUCUAUCAUUGGGUUCUGAACGUGACAUUUCACAAGCAAUGUUGAUUCAUAUUGUGAUGCAAAAGUGUGACGAAGGGACGAGAAGAAAGUGGAAGGAAUCGUUGGAUUUCAAAAGGUUGCCAUGUUGGAACGAUUGUAGUGCCGUUUUAGAGAGACAUUGUCAAUAUCUUCAAUCUCUGGAUAAAACGUCUUCUUGUGUAUCAGAUGUACACACCAAUGAUAAAUUGUCAAAAAUAAAAAAAUCUCACAAAGAUUAUGCUUUUUCUUGCACUAAAUCUUCUUGUAUAUUUUGUUCAAGUGCGAAUCACAAGCUCAAUGGCUGUGAACGGUUUAAAAGUUUAUCAACUGCACAACGUUUUGACACUGUAAAGCGAUUCACACUGUGCAUCAAUUGUUUAUCAAAAGGACAUCAACGUUCUAACUGUCCAUCAACUUAUAGAUGUAAGAUUUGUUCAGAUCAACAUCACACCUUGUUACAUCGUAGCAACACCUUCAAUGCUACAACACCUUUCAACUCAGUUCAUCCUACUCCACAGUCAUCAAUGGUGUCAGCUGUAGCUACUACUUCUAGAGAUGCUGUGACGCAUACACAUUUAGAGAAGUCAUCGACAAGUAAUGUCAUCUUAGCUACAGCGCUAGUUCUAAUACAGGAUGCAUCUGGAUGCUAUCAAUUGGGUAGGGCGUUACUAGAUUCGUGUUCACAGGUGAACUUCAUCACUAAUGAUUUCGCUCAAAAACUUCGCAUACCCAUGGCCAAGCAUAAUAUUGAAAUUAACAGCAUCGGAAAUUCAUCGACAAGAAUUACAUCAAAGGUAUCAACUACUAUCAAAUCUCGAUUCACGGCUUUUCAACUUCCAUUGACAUUCUGUAUAACAUCACAUAUUGCGUAUCAACCAGAUUCUGAAAUAAACAUUUCAACUUGGAACAUACCACCAAAUAUUAACCUUGCUGACGAACAAUUUUACAAAUCAACCCGUAUUGAUUUACUGCUUGGCACUGAAAGCUUUUUUAGUGUCCUGUCAGUAGGCCAGAUUAAACUUGGAUUAGGAUUACCAACGUUACAGAAAACUAUUUUGGGCUGGAUUGUUUCAGGUAGAUAUGAUGUUUCACAAUGCGUUAAUAAUUCAACUUGUCUCCUUUCAUCAAUUGACUCUGUCGAGGAAAAGUUAGAACGUCUAUGGAAGCUAGAAGAAGUCUCGAUCACUCCACAUGCUUGGACUAGUGAACAACAAGUUUGUGAUCGUUUGUUUUCAGAAACAGUAUGCAGAACAGAUGCAGGUAGAGUUAUGGUAAGGUUGCCAUUUAAGGAUAAUCCUCAGUGUUUAGGCAGUUCAUACGGUACAGCGUUGCGCAGACUUAUUGCACAAGAAAAACGAUUGUCACGGUCGCCUGAGCUCAAAACUCAAUAUGUUGCUUUUAUGGAAGAAUAUCAAAACCUUGGUCACAUGAUUGAGGUAAAAGAUCCAAAUAUUGAUGAACCUCAUUAUUACAUUCCGCAUCAUUGCGUAUUGAAGCCAACCAGCACCUCGACGAAAUUAAGAGUCGUAUUCGACGCAUCAUGUCGAACCUCUUCUCAGAAAUCUCUCAAUGAUAUUUUAAUGAUUGAACCUACUCUUCAAACUGAAUUGUUCAUCCUCUUGUUACGUUUUCGCUUAUUUCGAUUCGCUCUUACUGCUGACAUAGUGAAGAUGUAUAGGCAAAUUCUGAUUGAUCCUGAAGAUAGAAAAUUUCAGUACAUUCUUUGGAGAAGUUCACCAUCUACCAAUAUUCGUACUUUCCAGCUCAACACAGUUACAUAUGGCACAGCUGCUGCACCGCACCUUGCCAUUCGUUGCCUAUUGUAUAUAGCGCAUCAAUAUGUGAAUCAAUUCAAGAUUUCAGCUGAAGUAAUCAAAUCUUCGUUUUAUGUUGAUGACUUAUUGCAUGGUGCAGAUUCUCUUUCUGAGUUACACCAAAUAAGGUACGAAUUGGAAGAGCUUCUAAAACAGGGCUUAGCUAAAUGGCACUUAAAUCAUCGAGCUUUUAGAGAUGAUACUACUAUCAAAGAUCUCAAUAUUGAUUCGGAUGUUAUUACCAGCACAUUGGGACUGAAAUAG